AUGCCGCUCAUCAGCGCGGUCGGUCGCUAUGCUCUGAAAGUCCGAAAUGAGACGGGCGCGCGCGUGCAGCUCCACCGAUGCCACCAAGCGUGCCGCUCCUCGGCCUCCACCCGCUGGAGCCGGCGAUCGCCGCCGCCGCCGACGCGCUGCACCGCUCCUGCGCCAGCACCCCGCGCCGCGCCGUGCUCCGCCGCGCGCGCGCUGCACGCGCUCCUCGCGGUCUCCGCCGCGCCCUCCGCGCGGUGGCCCACCACGUUCGUCGUCAACCAGCUCCUCGCCCUCUACGCCCGCCUCGCCGCGCUCCCCGACGCGCUCGCGCUCCUCCGCGCCACGCCGCGCCCCUCCGUCGUCUCCUUCAACACCGUCCUCUCCGCGCUCUCCCGCGGCUGCUCCCCCACACCCCGCGCCGCCUUCCGGCUCUUCGCCCAGCUGCACGCGUCCGGGCUCCGCCCCACCGCGCCCAGCCUCUGCGCGCUGCUCCGCGCCGCCGGCGCGGCCCGCGACGGCCGAGCGGGCGCCGCGGCGCACUCCCAGGCCCUCGCGCUCGGCUUCCUCGCCAGCGACAUCGUGCCCACCGCCCUGCUGCAGAUGUACUGCGAGUGCGGGGCGCCGAGGGACGCCAACCGGGUGUUCGACGAAAUGCCCACGCGGGACGUGGUGGCGUGGAACUGCGCGAUUCACUGCAGCGUGCGGUACGGCAGCCUCGCUCGUGCUCUCCGCCAGUUCCGCGAGAUGGUGAGGUGUGGACUGGCACCCACCGAGAGCACGCUCUCGUCGGUGCUGAGUGGGUGCGCACGCGCUGGAGAUAGCCGAGGGGGCCGCGCGCUGCAUGGUUGGGUGGUGAAGUCGGACGAGCUGGACCCCGACACGCCGCUGCAGAACGCGCUGCUGGGCAUGUACGCUGGCAGCGGCGAUCUGGGCACCGCGCUGCGUGUGUUCGACAGGAUCGGGACACCCGACUUGGUGUCGUGGAACACUCUGAUCGCUGGGUUUUCUGGUGCUGGGGAUGGGUGGAGUGCUAUGGAUGCUUUCGUGCGGCUCAAGGACGCGCCGUUUGGUGAACCGGUUGCCCCUGAUGAUUAUACGUUUGCGGCUCUAGUGUCUGCAGCAGCUGCUUUACCUGCAAUGCAUAGUGGAAUGCCAAUUCACGCUCAAGUGGUCAAAUCUGGGUUUGAGAGCAGCGUCUUUGUAGGGAAUACACUGAUCAAUAUGUAUUUUACAAACGACAGGGCAGAGUCAGCACGAGUUUUGUUCGACUCCCUUCCCGAGAAGGAUGUGAUUAUGUGGACCGAGAUGGUGGCGGGCCACUCUUCGUUGGGCGAAGGUGAAUUGGCCUUGAAAUACUUUAUUAGCAUGCUUCAGGAAGGGUACAAGGUUGACAGCUUCUCCCUGAGCAGUGCUUUGAACUCCACGGCAGAGCUUGCAGGUCUUAAACAAGGAGAGAUGCUUCAUGCUCAAGUAGUAAAGAGUGGCUACGAAGCGAAUAUCUGUGCCUCUGGAAGCCUGCUUGACAUGUAUGCGAAAAAUGGUGCUCUUGAAGGUGCCUAUUUAGUGUUCUGUACCAUACAAAAGCGAGAUUUGAAGAGUUGGAAUUCCAUGAUAGGGGGAUAUGGCAAUUACGGGAAUUCAGAAAUGGCAUUUAAGCUAUUUGGUGAGAUGAUUCGUGAUGAGCUGCAACCUGACCACGUAACUUAUAUCUCCCUCCUUUCUGCAUGCAGCCACUGUGGACUAGUUGAGAAAGGGAAAUUUUAUUGGUAUUGUAUGAUGACUGAUGGUAUUAUGCCAGGGUUCAAGCACUACAGUAGUAUGGUGAGUUUGUUGAGUAGGGCAGGUUUAUUGGAGGAAGCACUUGAUUUACUGAUGAAAUCCCCAUUUGCCAAGAAAUGCCCUGAGCUAUGGAGAAUUCUGCUAAGCUCUUGUGUAGCAUUAAAAGAUUUGUCCAUUGGUGUUCAUGCUGCUGAACAGGCACUAGAGCAAGACCCAGAUGACAUGUCAACACAUAUAUUGCUUUCAAACCUUUAUGCUGCUGCAGGAAAAUGGGAUGUUGUAGCUGAAAUUAGGAGAAAGAUCAGAGGAAUGGUGGUUGAGAAGGAACCUGGGCUGAGCUGGAUUGAGAUUAAAAAGAUGGUUCAUGUGUUCUCUGCAGAUGAUGAAUUCCACACCCAGAUAGACGACUGUCGUGAUGAGUUGCUUAGACUUAAGGGAAACAUGGAAUUGUUGGAUAGUUCUGAAAAGGAAUUGCUAUCAAGUGGCUAA